UUAAUAAAUCUAUUGAUCGAAAAUUAUUCGAAAAUAAAAACGUAAAAUAAUGAGGUGGAGUGAAAACGAAACUUAUGAAUUUGUAAAACUGUAUUUCAGUCAUGAAUAUCUUUGGAACAAUGAACACGAACACUACAAACUAAAUAAACGUCGUCUAAAAGCUUACAGAAAUAUUGUAUCUGAAUUUAAUACAAUAACCGGUAUAUCAUUGACCGUAAGUGAAAUAAGAGGGAAAAUAAAAAACUUGAGAUCGACAUACACUCAAGAGUUAAAUAAAAUUAAAUUCCGGUCUGGACCUCACUAUACUUACGAACCGACAAUUAAAUGGUUUGCCUAUUGGCAUAAACGAUUUCGUACAUUACGAGUGCAAAAAGCAACGGAUUCAAGUUCCACAUUUGAGGAACCAGGAGACACAGAUAAUGAAAGUCAGAAGAUGUGGAUUGCAGAUGAAACCGAGAACAUAAGUGAUGAUCUACACCCAUUUGUUUCAGAUAACAAUAAUGAAUUAACUCUAUUUUUAAAAUCUGAACCUGAAGAUAAUCAUCACAACCAAAUCAAUAAUGAUAGACAUAGGCCAUACAAAGUUAAAAAGAGAAAAAAGAAUAAACUGCACAGUCUCAGUACGGAUGUUUCAGAUGAAUUGAGGUUUAGUUUAGACUCUCAUAUGGAUUCCGGGAAGGAGGACGAGUUUGACAUAUAUGGUAAAUACAUAGCAUCACAAUUGAGAAGUAUGGAUUUAACAAAAGCAUUAAGACUUCAGCUAGAAAUACAAAGUUUAAUUGGUAAAGCAAGGUUGUCAGAUUGAUCUAAUUAAUAGUUUAGAUACUAAAUCUGUAUUUAAGCACAUAUUCACACAGAAGAUCGACAUUUACUGGAUUGGUUUAAAUGGUUCCAUUACUAGUCAUUUUUUAAAGGGAUUGCUGCAUAAUUUUUUUUAUGUUACUGGUGGCAAAUAUAUGUUUGUAACAUAACUAAAAAGUUAGGUCACCUGAUUAAAAGGGACACCACUAUGGACAUCUGCAAUACCGGGGACCUUGCAUAUGCAUUCCUGGCCUUUAAUUAAUAUAUAUAACAAUAUAUUAUUGGAUCUGGAAUAUGUUGUGUGUGUGUGUAUGAUUUUAAAUUGGACAGUAAAUGUGAACCAAGCUAGGUAGCAUAGCUUCCAUAUUGAAUCAAAAUGUUAAACUAAUUAUGUUCAAGAUAAUUAAUAAAGAGACAAUAAUUAAAACAAAAACAUGUUCAUGUGGACCAGUUGUAUUAUAUAUGUAAAAAUAUUAUAGAUUAGAUUUAUUGGAUUUUACAAAACUUCAUCCCUAAAGGGGGAAAACGGGGUUGGAAGUUUGUCUUUUGUAUAUUUCGUGCAGGUAAAGCCAGUUCAGCUAGUAUAAAAUAUAUCCUUCAGGUGAGCAAAAACAGCUCAAUAUUUUUUCCUUAUAAUCUAUAUCUUUUAACUACCAUUGGUCACAUAUAAAAUAUUAUAUCUGUGAGUGUUAAAAAAAUACUAUCAUCAUAGUAAUGUAACAUAUAUUUAAUAUUAUUUGUGUAUCUCAUAGCUUUAGCAAUCCAAAUAGAUUAUCUGAAUAAACUGAAGUAGUCGAACAUUUUAUAGAUUUAUACUAAUAUUUUAUGCAUAUAAACAUACAUAUAUCAAAUCUGUGUAUCACUAUUGUGGUGACAAGACUUGUUGUUGUGUAGAGAUAAGGAAAAGUCGAGAUUUGCGCUAAUAAUGUUUAUAUUUAUUUUGAUGCGUUGUUUAUUUAUAGUGGCUACAAAAAUUUGCUGAUGUAAUGUAGUUCAUCUACACUAUGGUAGUGAUUCCAAUAGAAUUAAACUCUAAAAGUAAUUUGACAAAUCUCAAGAUUAUUUUACAUUUGGUUACCAUUUUUUCCACAUUUUUUUUAACCAGUUGUUAUGCCACGCUACCUUUUGGCUACAGCCGAAUGGACGACACCAGUACCAGUCUCUCACUAAAAAUUUGCGUAAAGUGAUAGUCACGUUUCGUCCGGUAUGUGGGAGGCUCGGAGGUAAAAUCCAAGACCAAGACUGCCUUUCGAAUUCUGGUAUCAUAAGGCAACCCUUUUCACACUCACUGUCGCUUUUCUCUCCUGCCUGGUGCUCUCGUCGCCUCAGCGGCCUUAAACCUAUCUGGUUGCGUGUAGACUGCGAUGAUCAUCCGUCAAACUAGGCUAGCCUCCAUAGGUCCCAUAGCAGUAAUGCCGAAACCGACUUGUUGAGCACAUCCAACUAGCUACAGAUUCCGUACUGCAGCAGAUCUUAUCCGCAGAGAUCGUAACUCUUGGCGAUUUUAAUGCUACCCAUGCCGAAUGGCUUGGAUCACGCACUACCGGGCAUGUGGAUAGAUCUGUUCUUGAUUUCGCUUUAGCAUAUGAUUGCAUGAUUUGACACAACUGGUCACCUUACCAACGCAAAUAUCAGAUGUGGAGAAUCAAACAUUUUUCUUGUCGGACUUGCCGCUGACUUUUCAUCCGGGCGGUUGUCAGGUUACCGUCGAUCCCUCUCUGUGAUGGUUGGACCACUGUUUCGUCAGGAGUACAGUGCCGGUUGCACACUCCUCACGGCUUCGCAUCGUAAGCUGCCGGCAAGUGUGGCACUACAGAUCAGCGGAUUAGGAUUGGAUGCGGUCCUUCUUUACAUCUUACAAUUUGUUUCACACCGGAUGAUCCAAACGCUGUUGCGGAAUCUGACCCACAACCUUUUUUUUUCUCGCUUCCCCCACGUGCCUCUUCCUCCUCCCCGGUCGUCUUCGGCGGAGCGGGACUGCAGCAGCAUCCUCUUCCCGCUUCCGCUCCGCGGCUUCCUUCUGCGACAUCACGGUCAUCAGGUCUCCGCCCAUAGUCGCCGCAAGGGUGUGCCUCUGGGCCCCCCACGCAGCACACUCACUCAGGGUGUGGUGCGCUGUGUCGACUGGCGACCUUACACAACCACUCUGCGGAACCAGCUUACGCCUAAAGUAGUAAAAGAAACAUAUAUGUGACGGAGAUAGCAAUGCUCGUAAGUGAUAUGAAAUUAGGGAUUGUAUUUAGUAAUUAUAUAAAAACAAAUCAAAAUCAAUGAGUUCUUCUAAUCGAUGUUGUUAACAAUGAUUUUUCUCAAUAGAGACUUGUCAGUUGAUCAUUGUCAUUGUCAUUGAUAUAAUAUAGAACGCAAGUGUACCUAUUAGUUACAGUGUUAAAACACUAUCAGCUUCUAACUAUUAAAUAUUUCUUAAAAGAAAAACAAAAACGAAUAAAAUAUUUAUCAAUCUGGUUCAAGAUUUUUUUUGGGCGGUAGAAUAUAUGAGUCGAUGGUACUUAACCAGACGGGUUUGCACUAGACCAUACCACCAAGCGUCAUUUAUUAUAGAUUUCUGUGUACAAGUGCUGUUAAAACAGUACAAAGAUGUUCAGAACUUUUUAAUCUGUUUAAAUUUCCUAUUAUUCAACGUUAUAACAGUAACAUGACAUU